AUGAAGUCCAAGUCUCGACCAAGAUUACUUCCUCCUCUUGGGACAAGGCAAGAGACUGCAGUAGAUCCAAGCCAGAGUCUGGUGACCUUUGAAGAUGUGGCUGUGUACUUCACGGAGGACCAGGGGGCUCUGCUAGAUCCAGGUCAGAGGGCUUUGUACGGGAACGUCAUGAUGGAGAAUUAUGGGAAUGUGGCCUCCUUGGGAUUUCCAGUCACCAAGCCUGAGCUCAUCUCACGGCUGGAACAAGGGGAAGAGCCGUGGGUGCCACAUGGAAUGGAGAACUCCGACGUUGACUCAGAAUGUCGCCGUGAGGGCAGGUGCGACUCCCUUUAA